AUGGGAGAUGUACUGUAUGGGUGGGAAGGAGGGUUAAGAAGAGGAGGAGAGAGGGGCAGGAGGGGUUGGUGGGUCAGAAUGAAGGUGAGUGGGGUGGGGUGGGGGUUUGGGGGUUGGGGGGUUUUGGGGUUGUGUAGAGGAGGUUGAGAGGGUUUUGGGGUUGGGUUUUUGUGAGGAUUGACGGUGGAUAGUUGGAUCGUUGGUAUUUUAGGGUGGUAAUGUUGUAUUAGUGUUUAAAUUCCUUUUAUUGUUCUUUAGCUGCUGUGAUAAUUAUUUUUAUUUUUAUUUCGAUUCAUUUUUGUUUAAAUUUGAGUUAUUAAUUCAUCGAUUUUUAAACCCCUACUCUGAGUAUUAAUAUUGUCUGACAACGGGUCACUUCUGAUUUGGGUGAAGAGGAGUUUAGAUAAACCAUUUCCUAAACUAAAGAUAGAUAUCUUAUGUUUAAUAAUUCUCCUAAUUAUCGUGCAUUAAAACUCUAAAUUUUCCUAGAGUAUUUCUCAAAGUUCAUAGAAAUUAUUAUGAACUGAAAACUAUCAGAUAUGAGUUCUAGCAUUUAGCUAAUGGCUUUAGGCCUUAAUUUAUUAAAAAAACUAUUUGCUUAGAGAUAGAGGGAUAAAAUAUCAAAGGAAAAAGAAUUUAAAUCUUGCAUGAGCUAUUUGUCAAGAGUAUAUCUCAAGUACAGAUGAUGUUCCCAAUAUCCAAUGCAAACAUGAAUUCCAUUCAGAUUGCUUAUCAGAAUGGCUUAAAACAAGUCCCUUAUGUCCUAUCUGCAGAGAAGUUGCCGAAACAAUUGAUCCUCCUCGUGGUGGUCUUAUUGACGUUCCACAGCAUGCCUCAGCCCGGUUGUAGUCUAAGCUUGGUGCCCAAAUACAGG